AUGCAGAGAUCUAAUGCUACAUCGGUCGACGGCCUUUCGAGUAGCGGACCAGAUUGCUCGGCAGGCGACAUGGCGACCGCAAAGCUACCCACCGAAGAGAAAACGUCCUUCAAUUCACAGCAACAAAACUCGGAUUCAUUUCAACACUUGGACAAUUACCGAUUCGAUGGUUUAACGGGAUGGAGGCGGUUCCGAAUGUUGCGUCCUGGUCUAGGAAUGUAUCAUGAUAUUCGCCGUCGACUACCAUACUACCAAAGUGAUAUUUCAGAUGCUGCAACUUACCGCACUUUUGCGAGUACUGUGAGAAUGUACUUUGUAAACCUGCUUCCUGCCUUAGCCUACACUUUGGAUAUGAGCCGCCGAACUGGCGGUUUCUACGGGAUCAACGAAGCACUUUUCUCAUCCGCUCUUGCGGCAAUGGUGUUCAGUACCAUUGCCGCUCAGCCAUUGACUAUCGUUGGUAUCACCGGUUUGAUCUCAUUGUUCAAUUACACUAUAUACGACAUCAUAAAGAUGUACGAUGUCUCUAUAUAUCCUCAGUUUAUGGCAUGGACCGCUAUUUGGGCUGCAAUCUGGCAUUGGCUAGUCGCCAUCUGGAAUCUUUGUGAUUACAUGCGUUAUGUCACCGAUUUCUCUAGCGAAGCCUUUGGCAUGUAUGUUGGCAUUAUCUAUAUGAUUAAGGGGGUUGAGGAGCUGGUCAGCUUGUUUGAUUCAUACGGAAGCAUCGAUGGAUAUCUGAGCUGUGUUAUUGCAAUCCUAUAUUUUGGCACCGUAUAUGCCUUGGAGAAAAUUGGCCGUGGAACGCUGGCAAAGCCAUGGGCUCGAGGAAUACUUGCUGACUAUGCAUACCCUAUUGCUACCAUCUUUUGGGUUGGAUUUUCACACAUUCCAGGAACAAUCAAAAGAGCAAAUAUCAGUGUCUUACCCAUCAGUCGCUCUUUCUAUCCGACGCAGCCUCGAAAUUGGCUUAUUGAUUUCUGGAAUCUCGAUGCGAAAUGGGUCUUUGCAGCUAUGCCCUUUGGAUUCCUGGUUAUGCUUUUAUUCUAUUACGAUCAUAACGUCAGUAGUUUGACUGCACAAGCAAAGCAAUUCCCUCUCAAGAAACCAGGCGGCUUUCACUGGGACUUUUUCCUGCUCGGCUGCACAACAUUUAUUGCAGGGAUCCUAGGUAUACCGCUUCCAAAUGGCCUCGUGCCACAAGCACCUGUACACACAGAAUCACUCACAGUCUACGAAACCGAGGUAAAAAUUAUCGUUACCGAAGAAGGCUCGGAUAACGAAAUCCGUCGCCCAAUCGUCAGAGCCGCGAGUGUAGUUGAGCAGCGCGUUUCGCAUUUCUUGAUGGGUCUCGGCAUCAUUGGCACCAUGACUGGACCCCUCCUAAUCGUGCUGCACACGAUGCCACGAGCACUAUUUAGUGGUGUUUUCUUUGUUGUCGGUUGGGGUUCAAUUGAGACCAACGGCAUAACGCAGAAGCUACUAUUUCUCUUCACUGAACGUCGCUUCAUUCAGAAAGGGGAACCUCUUCUACGAGUCAAAAGGAGCAAGAUUUGGCUCUAUUUACUGUGUCAAAUCGUUGGUGUAGCUGCCCCAGUAGCAAUCUCACUAACUAUUGCUGCAAUUGGCUUUCCAAUCCUAGUCUGCAUUCUCAUUCCCUUCCGAUGGGCCGUAAUGCCACGCUUCUUUACUGUCGCAGAGCUCGAGGUCAUGGACGAUCUAACAGCCAAUAACAAAGUCGUUCUGGCAAGUUUAGGCGGUGCACCGAAGCUUACCGAGAAACCGACGCCUGGGGAGUAUAAUUUAGAGGGAAGAUCUAAUGAAAGGAUGAGCGGGAUAACAAGAUAG